UUUGAUGAUUAUUUUCAAAUCUUGUUUGAAUUAAAAAGUUAUUGCGAUGUUCGGAGCUGUGGUUGGUGUUUCAAGACUGCACCUUCGGAUCUGUCCAAAAUGCGACAAUUUUGCGGUAUCCAGAAUAUUUAAACCAUAUGCUGCACAAGGGUUUGUAAAUAAACAAAUAAAUCAACUUCCACGAGCACUGAGAAAUUUCAGUAACUGGAAAUCGCCUGUUUUAAACAAAUCAUGUUGGAGAACUUAUAUUAUCGGAUGGAAUCAGUUCAGCAAGCAGGUGGUAUCCAAGUCAAAUGCUUUGAAACGCUUUGAAAGUACAGGCACUGCUAGUCAGAACAAUCCCUUGAGAAUAAACACAAAAAUAAAAAAUAACGUUAUGCUGUAUAGAUUGGAGAAAGAUAUUUUUAUAAGAGGAUCUUUGCUGUUUGGCAUUGUUGCCAUGAUUGGUUGUUUGUUCAUGGCUGACAGCGUUUAUAUGGUCUUGUGCAAGGACCUAUUCAAUCCUACCAUACCAUGGAAAACAAGAUUGUAUGAUAAUAUUUUUCCUGUAUCUGCUGUCAUUAUUGGAAUACUUGCAGGACCACUGAUAUUAACAGCUGUCUGGUUUAUCACUGUCAGAACUGUAAAGUAUGUUGUGUUGCACAAGGGUGGUGAAAAUGUGACUAUCGUUACUUAUCACCCUCUAUUCAAUUUCAAAAAAAUGACAGUUCCCCUAUCACAUGUGGACUGUAAAACUUCCAGAACCGAAGCAAAGUCAUACGCAAUGAUUAAACUCAAAGAAAAGAAAUAUCAAUUUUUAAUUGAUAAAACUGGAACUUUUGUCAAUCCAGAGCUUUUUGAUUGUACUGUAGGUGCUUCACGAGCAUAGUUUUUUACUCAUGUUUGUACAUAUCAAGUUGAAUAUUUCAAAUAAAAUGCAUAGUGUUAACUUUUAAAAUAUUAAAUGUGUGUAAAUAAAAUUAUU